UCAGAACAUCCUGAAGUAUGUGCCCUAUGUCCACCAUCAAGAGGUGGAGAAAGUUAUAAGGGCGGACAAUGGUAGUUGGGCAAGGUUCAGAGAUGGAAUGCAGACAAAGUAUAGGCUAGGCGAUGGACUAUUAACCACGUCGGAUUUGGAGGCCAUGAACAAAGACGACUUCACCACGGUGGGGGCGUUCGUGCAAGAAUUCAAGAAGAAGGAAAGGAAGGUUCAUGGCAUCUCAGAGGAAGACCAAUGCACUAUCUUUUUGUGGCUGCUCACCGCCUCAGAGGCUGCAGAGCUGACGAGCCAUGGAAGAGGAAACGAGAAACUCACUUGGGCCACUAUUGAUAAAGGUGUGGCAGAGGGAAGUAUGGAGGAAGUGGAACAAUACGAGAUGCGCCUGCAAAGGCGUAAGAGGAAGGAGAGGGAUGCCACAGCGUCCGGAACCCCACGAGGAAACUUUGAUCAGAUAGACUCAUUGAAUCCGGCUGAGAAUGAGGAUGUGGUCCAGGAAAGCCAGGAUGACGAGUUUGAGGAGGGGGAGAUUAAAGAGGCAUUUCGUGCAGAGGAGUAUGAUGGAAUCCACCUAAAACUGAGACUUCUCCUAUCGCUGAGAGGAGCUGGCAGGUUCAUUGAGCUCAUUGCACAGAUUCGCAGUGGGGCGAGGACGUGGCCAAAGGUGGAGGCGAGGAUGCAGGAGUUGCGACCAUCGCCUGUAGGGCCGGACGGCAGACCGAUCCGCCUGGAGAUCGGGAAUGUGGAGGAUUUCAUCCCCGCCUUUGAGCAGUUCAUGCACGGUCAGGGCAUAUUGAGGGAUGAGUGGGCGAGGACGUUACCCCUAUGGACCAAGAAGACCGAGAGACUCUUGGUCAUGCAGGUCAAAGACAUGGUUCGAGACUGGGAGAGUUGCAGGGCACACUUGAGGGAGAAAUUUGACGACCAGAGCCACCUCAGCCCAGAGUCGAGAGACUCCAGAGGAGCAAGAGGCAGAGGGACCUUGAGCCUAGAGAGGCCAGGCCAUCUCGAGGGGGACGAAAGGCACUCGCCUGACGAGAGGAGGAGUUGGUGCCUGAGACUUAGGGACGAGGGGCUUAUCCUGAGUGCAGGUUGGGGCCAGUGGUGUUUCAUCACUUCACCGAGGGAGGAGAUGCCAUUAUCUGGAGAACCACUGCAGAAGUUGGAGGCGCAUUUGGAUGUCUCACAGUGGAUAGUACCGCCGAUGAGCGAGAGGCGUGACGAGCCGGAAGAGGAGGUACCACGAGAGGAAGCCCAGGACCCUGAGCGAGAGGUGAGGCCGAGUACUGAGAGGGGUCAUGUUAUAGAGGAGAUGAAAGAGGUUGAGGAGGAUACUCCGCCUCACACACCGGCUGUGGGAUUGAGACUGGGGAGUGCGUUAGAAGGCGCACACGACAGAGAGGAGGAGUCGCGGCAGAAGGAGAUCCCAUUACCACCACCAGAGAUGGUCCCAUCGCCAGGAGUGAGGGUAGAGAUGGAGGAGCCCGUACCUAUGGAGCCACCCCAGGAGGAGCCCGUACCUAUGGAGCCACCCCAAGAGCCACGCCAGGCAGAGAGAGAGAUGGGAGCCAAGGGUUCAGGGAGAGCCGACCAUCGUACGAGGGAGAGAGUGCCUGCAGGGGAGACGACUGAGGAAAAACGGGUCAGAGUUGGGAAACGCUUGGAGAAAAUCUAGCAGGAAAGGUAGAGGUUAGAGGAGGCAGGGGCACUCCCAGAUCAGCCACCACCAUCUAAGCCAUAUGGAAUCAAGGAGAUGUGGGACG